AUGUCCCUGGAUAUGGUUCUGUGCACCGAGUCCCUGAGCAAGAUAAUCACUGAUGUGAAGUUCACCAUCUUCACCACCAUGCUGUACAUGUCGCUAUUCUUGCUUGUCAUGCUGUAUCAUUAUAUGACAGUCAACAGCCCCAAGAAGCAGGAGUGAGAAUGGUGCUUUACCACCCCAGGGUUCCAGGACAUAGUCUGAGGCAAGAUGGAGAAUGUGAG